UGAACGUAAUUACGAAGCACUAGGGACAAGCAACAGCAGAGCUACUGGGACAAUGGCUUUAUUGAGAAACUCCACAUGGGUGGAGGGAGGAGUCUGGAAGCGGAUGAACCCUGGGAAAUAAAGUUCAAGCGACGCUAGUUUGUCAUUCUCACUGUGGCUUUUGGUACUACAUUUCCCAGUAUGCAUCGCGCUUUAGUUAGCGCCUCAGACCUAAGCAGAGGUUGCAACCUGUACCAAACCUACAGUAGAAGUUGGCAACCCCGUAGGAUUAAGUCGCAGGUCCUGUCGCGAGUCCGCCACUAGAACUCAUUAUAGCGCUUUCCCGUACUUGUAUUCGCCGCUCUCUAAUAGGUAAUCGGCAGUGGAGCGGUCACGUGGUAGGGCCACAUGACCGUGACGUCACGUCCUUUCCGAGGAUAGGAACUAGCUGCUACCGAAGAAGAAGGAGAUUAAAAUGGCGGCCUAUGCCGCGCAGGGACCCUCACGUUCUGUCAGACCAUUGUGAGGAAGGCUCCCCUAGUCAAUAGCAGGACCUCACCGUACAUUAUCUGUAUCUGACAGUUUUGGACACUUUGAGGAGGGGUUUCCUCUUGCUCUCCUCCCCAGCAGUCUCAGUGCUUCUCUCCUCUGCCUCAGCCCGUUCCUCCUAGAGGCAUCAUGGGGGUGCAGGGCUUCCAGGAGUUCCUGGAGAAGCGCUGCCCGGGGGCCGUGGUGCCCGUGGACUUGUUGAAGUUGGCCAGGACCGUAGCCAGACAGCAGCACAGGGCCGGCCUGUCGCCCGGGGGUUACCCACCUGCUCCUCCGCCUCCCCCACAGCCCCCUUCCCCGGCUGCUCCCCCGCCAUGUCGAGUCUUAGUGGAUGCGGAUUCCGCCUUGCAGCGUCUCUAUGGCGGCUACCAGACUGACUGGGUGUGCGGGGGCCAGUGGAACGCCAUGCUGGGCUACUUGGCAGCGCUGUCUCAGGCCUGUUUGUACCAGGGCGGCCUGGAGUUGGUAGCCAUGUUCAACGGCACGCUAGCCAAAGAAAGGCUACCUGAAUGGGCACGGAAAGCACAAGGAGAGAGGCAGACGUCUCAGCUUAUAGUCAGCCACGUUGGGAACAAGGGCACCCCGCCCCCCCGGGCCUGGUUCCUGCCACCCGCAUGUCUGGCUCACUGCAUCCGCCUGGCCAUGAUCCGCUUCCGUGUGAAGGUAUUUCAGAGCUUGGAGGACCAUCACCUUGAGGUAGUAUCCUUCUUUCGCGAGAAUGGCUUUCAUGGACUAAUUGCUCAUGACUCAGAGUACGCCCUCUUUAACAUCCCUUCAUACUACAGCUCCCAUGCCCUCAAACUCAGUUGGAAUGGGAAGAAUUUGACCACCAAUCAGUUUCUAAUGCAGGAAGUUGCCAAGCAGCUUGGCCUAAAGAUGAGCCACUUUCCAAUUUUUGCAGCUCUCUUAGGCAAUCAUAUCCUUCCUGAUGAGGAUCUCGCAGCAUUUCACUGGAGCCUGCUCGGGCCAGACCAUCCCCUGGCAUCUUUGAAGGUCCGUGCUCACCAACUUGUCCUGCCACCCUGUGAUGUGGUGAUUAAAGCCGUCUCUGAAUAUGUGGGAUCUAUUAAAGAUGCCUCUAACUUGGAUGUAGUGGGAAAGGAAAUCUUCAGGCACUCACAGUCCAGGACGGAAGACAAAAUAGAACGCUUCAAGAAAGCGGUGGACUAUUAUUCUGUAGCAACUAAGCAGCGCCCGCAACCACUUAAUCCAUCUCCAUAUGUUGUUUCAGGCUAUGGACCUAACCAAUUCGGAGUUCCUCCACUUCCUCAUAACCAAAUGGGAGGAAUGGCAGUUGGAAAACCAAUGUUUGGACACCAAAUGCCACCCAAGAUGCAGUAUCCACACCACUAUACUCCAGGCCCCAACUCAGGAUUCAUGUAUCCUCCCCACCAAUUUGGUGACCUGCAGCACUUUCACGAUGAGACAUUGCUGAAGACGGGGCCAUUCUCUGGGUGGUCUCUGCCAUGUGAUUCAUCUGCCUCUAAGUUUCCCAAUCACCUAACUCUGAAGCCUUCUUCUUCUGGUCAGGAGUCGUCGCCAUCCUCUUCUUCGGAUGAAGAUCAUAAUGGUGCUACAUCAAAUCAUGUAACAGAGGCCCGUCCGCAUAAGACUAACUGGGAGGAAUCCACUGGGGAGAAGAAUUCCCAGUCCUGGGGUCAGCAGUCAGGGUCUGGCGAUUCUAAUACUAACCUCGGGCACAAUGAAAAUCAGAUCCCUUCCCUGCUUUCCAUGGCAACUCGGAACCACAUGGAUAUCACUACACCACCCCUACCUCUUGUAGCCCCUGAGGUCCUGAGAGUGGCAGAACACAGGCAUCGUCGUGGUCUUAUGUACCCCUACAUAUAUCAUGUCCUCACCAAGGGUGAGAUUAAGCUUCCUGUCUGCAUAGAAGAUGAAUGCAAUACUGAUCUCCCGCCAGCUACCAUCCUCUUUCGCACAGCUCGUCAGUUUGUCUAUGGAGUCCUCUUUAGCUUGGCUGAGACUCAGCGGAGGCUGGAACGGAUGGCUAUGCGCAGGCGCCUGCCUGUCGAUGUCCCUCCAGUGAUUAUCAAGGAGUGGUCAGCCUACAAGGGAAAGUCUCCCCAGACUCCAGAGCUGGUAUCUGCCAUGACCUUUAGAGAGUGGACUUGUCCCAAUCUAAAGAAGCUGUGGCUGGGCAAAGCUGUAGAGGAUAAGAACCGCAGGAUGAGAGCGUUUCUUGCCUGUAUGAAGUCAGAUACACCCAGCAUGUUAAACCCAGCCAAUGUGCCCACACACUUGCUGCUGAUGUGCUGUGUGUUAAGAUAUAUGAUGCAGUGGCCUGGAGGAAGGAUAUUGCUGAGGCACGAGCUUGACGCGUUCUUGGCACAGGCUGUAUCUGCACAAUUGUAUGAACCAGACCAGCUGCAGGAGCUCAAGAUUGAGAAAUUAGAUUCACGUGGGGUGCAGCUGGCAGCUCUUUUUAUGAGUGGAGUGGACACUGCACUCUUUGCCAAUGAUGCCUGCGGACAGCCGGUGCCAUGGGAGCAUUGCUGCCCUUGGAUUUACUUUGAUGGGAAGCUUUUCCAAAGCAAGCUAAUACGAGGAGGCCGGGAGAGAGUUCCUCUCAUUGAAUUAUGUGAUGGCCAGGCAGAGCAGGCAGCCAAAGUAGAAAAGAUGAGACAGAGUAUCCUGGAGGGGAUCAACUUCAACCGUCAGCCCCCUCCUCUCUUGCCUCCUCCACCUUUCAUGCCCCCUAUGAUGCCACCAUUUUACCCUGUAUCACUAUAUCCACGAGCCAUGGGUUCUAUGCCACCUCCCCCACCAGGAAGGAAUAGAGGAUUUUCAGCAGCGUUGCAUUCUAUCCCUCCACAAGGGGGUAAGCUGGAAAUUGCGGGUAUGGUUGUGGGCCAGUGGGCUGGCAGCAGACCUUCACGUGGGAGAGGAGCCUUUGGCAUGCAAGUCGUCUCUGUUGGGGGUCCAGGAAGGGGGCGUGGAAGAGAACCUCCUGGCAAAGUUACAAAAUCAAAUAAAAAGGUAAACAAACCGGACUCACCUGAAAGUCCUUCCCAAGUGAAUGGGACCAGUGGAAGCACCAACACAGAGGAAGAACCCAGUUCUCAAAACUUAGCAUGUGCCUUAUCUAGAGAGUGCAGCGACCCAUGCAACAAUGGCAGCUCCUCUCAUUUCACAGGGAUGAGCAACGAGGGCAACGACUCCUGCAGUGAUGAAAAGCUGGGUCCUGCGCCCCUUGAGAAGGAGGAGUGAGCAGCACAGAGACAUAAAGGGCAAGGGUUUAAGGAGUAAGGAGAGUGGUUGAGGAAGGUACAGUGAAAAAGAUCUUGAGGUUAACCCCCAAACUCUAAAUUUGUGAAUUAAUUUUCUACUCUUCAUGUGGCUCCGCACCAACCUAGCACCAGAGUUACCCGUUUACUUACUCAGCCUGCAGUUUAAAUGAACUGUUGCCACUUGAAAGGUUAAUGUAGGAUUGCUGCUUGUAUGACACAAGCUGCUUUUUUAUUGUAUCGCACCUCUAGAGACCGAAAUGUCUUUAAGCUACAAGUAGGCUGCUACUUCCCCUGAUUUGGGGAUCAAUAAGCUACUGUUUAACAGAGGGAUAUGAGCUCCCACUGCCCUGGUCUUUGAAGUGAAAGAGAAAUCUAGCUGAGUUCUGCACCUUAACCCUAAAAUUGUAUCUCUUCCUCGGCUAGAAUGGUUAGAACAGAGCUUCAUCUGUUUGCACGAUGAGCAAGGCCCUGACUAUAACGUGGCUGUACACACGUGUUUAGUUAUGCACCGGCACUUAGUAUUAAUUAACUCCCUGGUGCUCUAUACCAAAAAAAGUUUGGGGUCAGCCUAAAGGAUAGCGCUGUUGCCUUCCUUCCACUCUCCACUUCUGCCUCAGCAAAGUCGUCGCGCCCUUGCCCGAUCACAAGAACCUGUAGAUAACAUGGAACUUUUUUUCUGAAUUUUAAUAAUAUUAUUUUUAUAUGUAUAUAAAUAUAUAUAUAUAUAUAUAAAUAUGGCCUUUGUACAAAGAGGAAUUUCAGGAAUGAGACUGUCACGGGCAGAUUUUUCCUGCCUUCAGCUGAAAUGAAGCCUGUAUUAUGUUGGGUCAUGUCAUGGACGAUGCAAGUUAGGUGCUGGCUAAACCACCUUCUCGUCAACGUUAAAAGUCACGUAAGUGUAAACUGCUCCCAUCUUUGAAUAAUCUAUAUUCUGCCUCGUAAUUUUUUUUAUACAUACAAAUGGCAUUAACCUCAAGAGUCUGCCAUUCUCUUGUGCGUGUAAUAGGGGCAAAAACAGCUGUUUAUCUGCAAGUGUUAACGACGGGGCACUUUAAACCUUUGAUUCUUUCCAUACUAGAAGGUCCAGCAAUGAAACGCUCUGCUCCCCCUUCUACCAGCAGGUUAAAGGGACAGUAUGCAUACUAUUUUUAAAUAGGCUUGUGCUGAACAUACAUUUUGCCUAUUAUUAUUUAUUUCAUUUUUUUUUUUAUCUCUUGCACUAAACACAGUGAAAUCUGUUUUACUUUCUAACUGCUUAUCUCCUGGUUAUGCUGAGCAACUGUUUGUGGAGGAGUACAUAGAAAGGGAUAUGGCUCAUGCAGAGAUUAUAACCUAUUGUAAAGCUGGCCAUAGAUGUAAAGAUCUUUAAAAGAUUUUUUCGUUAAUGAUCAUUUAAAUGUACGAUUUGUCCAUCAACUAUUAAGACCAUUUCAGGCGAUAUUGCCAGGAAAACUAAGGGUAG